AUGUAAAACAGAACUCUAGUUUUGGUGCUGUUAGUUUGCGCUGCAGUGCAAGUAUUUGGAGAACCAGUUGUUGUCUCCUAAUCCUUCACAGGAAAUGAUUUUGCAGAUGCAGAUGGUAAAAUUAUUAAUUAAUGAAUCAGGUUGGGUGACUGCUGGAGGACCAGCCCAUGUUACAGAAUGUAGUGGUACAAAGAUGUUCGGAGGUUUCAAUAAAUUCGGAGCUAAGGCUGUUGCAAGUAAAGUUUUUGAACUUCCCCCACACUCAUUGAUUAAUUUGAAGCUUCAAUUCUGGAAGUAUGAUACAUUAAUAAACGUUUAGGAUUGACUCAUGGGACAAUGAAGAAGGAUAUGUCUUUGUUGAUGAUUAAUUAGUUUGGUCAAGAAAAUUCUAAUACAAUGAAGGUGAUGGACAAAAAUGUGGUCAAGGUGGUGAUUGGAAAGAAAUGCUUGUGAAUCUCAAUUUGAACAUUAAGCACACUGGUCCAACAGCCGUAGUUGUUAUCACAUCCAACUUGAAUGAAGCAGCCGAUAAUGUAAGAUAAUGGAUGUGAUAUUUUUUAUAGGAAUCAUGGGCCUUCAGAGACUUCGUUAUUGCAGUCGAAAAAUGUCCAAAUGGAUGUGCUGCUUGUUAAGUUGACGACAAGGCAGAGAACUGUAACUUCUGGUAAGCCUUUGCUUCCAGUUGGGGAGCUUUGGAUGCAAACCAACUCGGAGCUGAUGGUUGGGAUGUUGCUGGUGGAGCCUCAUCUGCUACAUAAUGCGGUGCUGCUGCUUUGUUCGGAGGUUUCGAUAAGACAGGUGCUAGAACAGUCAUCAGUAAGGUUCUUAAGGUCAAGCCCCAUUACAAACUUAAGCUUAAGGUUCUUUGGGCUAAGAUCGACUCUUGGGACAAUGAAGCUGCUUAAAUCAAGGUCGACGGAAAAUUAGUUUGGGAAAGAAGAUUCUAAUGGCACGAGGGUUACUUCGGUAAGAUCUGUGGUUGCCCAGUCUUCGAAUGGAAAUCAAUGUUUGCAAGAACAGAAGUCGAUAUUGAUCACACUGGUGAAUAAGCCAAGAUUGAAUUCACAUCUACUCUUGAUGAAGCACCAAACAAUGAAUCUUUCGGUUUGAGAGAUUUGUACGUUUACUUGGCAGCUUGCUCUGAUAACUGUGCUGAAUGUACAGGACCAAAGGAUACUGAUUGCAAGAGUACUAUUAAAAUAUAUUCUAAAUAGAAUGCUCCAACAAUUGGGCUUUAGUCGGAGGUAAAUGCCAAGCUUUACCAAACUUUGUCCUUUUGGAAUAAUCCUUCUUGGAAGACAAAUUCACAGGAAUCAACGGUUGGGUCCUCACAGGAAACAAGGCAGGAAGAACAGUCGCUGAAUGCAAUGGUAAAUCAAUGGUCGGAGGUUUUGAUAUCAUGGGUGUUGGUGCUAAAGCUACCAAAACAUUUGACAUCCCACCACACAAGAGACUCAGAUUAUAAACAACCAUCUAUAAGAUUGACUCUUGGGAUGGAGAAUUCAUGAUGAUCAAGGUCGACGGAACUGAUGUUUGGAAGACAUCUUGGAAUCUCUAAACCGGAGGUGCCAAUAUUUGUGGACAAGGUGUUUGGUGGGACGGUUUCACCGGUGUUGAUGAAAUCUUCAAUCAUCAAUCUCCAAAGGCUGAAAUCAUCUUCACAUCUACUUUGGAUCAAGAUGCUGCCGAUGGUAUUGUUAUCCUUAAUCGCUUUUUUAGAAUCAUGGGGUUUCAGAGACUUCAAAUUAUGGUAUGAACCAAAGGAAGCCUGCGCCGUCUUCUACAGUGAAUGUGACUUCAAGGGAGCCUCAUUCGAAUUCUGUUCCAAAUCACCAAACUUCUAGAAUGACAACAUUCCUCCAUAAAUCAGAUCCAUCAAGGUCCCACCUUAAGGAAGAGUCACCUUAUAUGAGAGCACCGAUUAUAACGGAAAGAAGGUCACCUAUACCUCAGAUCAAGCUUGUAUCCAAAGCUUUGAUGUAAUUAUUUUAAUUAAUAAUUUAGUUUGCCCUUAUCCAAAUGAGCGGACACGUUGAAGGUGGCUGGGUUGAAGUUGAAUAAUGAUCUAAUAAUAU